AUGAGUAUAGAAGGUUCAAAGGAAUUUGCGAGUGAUUAUGGUCUGGGCGGCGAACACGACAUGUUGAAUUCCGAACAGUGUUACGGAUUAAAUAAAGAAGUUCCUUCAGCGGAAUUGUUGAACAUUCAAGCGAAGAAAGCCAGCAGAAGAGGUAAGAUGUCGCAUGUUACCAAACUGUUGAACAAUAUAUACAAGUUAAUCGAAACCUCAGGCAGUAUCAGAGAACUUGAUAGAGUUAUUAACUCACUUAAUGAAGCGUUCAGUGGCUUUGUAAAGCGCCAUGACGAGUAUAUUGCUGUUUUGACUAGCGAAGUAGAUGAGAUAGAGAUUGAUUUGGCGACAGAUAAACUAGUUGAGAUUGAAGAGAAAAUCGCGAACUGUAAAUUGAAGGCAGAACAGUACAUUUCAGCUCAACAGAAAGAAUCAGAGUCUCCACGUCGGGGUUCACAAGAAGAGAAAUGUUUGCUCUCUAUCUCUGCCCGUUCUCGUGUAUCGUCGAGAAAGAAAUCUACCUAUACGCAUCUGAGUAAAGACCAAGAACAUCGAUCAAGAAAGAGGUUAGACGAAGUUAAAGAACGCCACCACUAUGAAGAAAAACUACAAGACUUAAAGUUUAAAACAUUGAAGCGUGAAAUGCAAAUUCGUCGGGAAUUGGAAAUUCGUCAAGCAGAACGUGAUUUAGAAUCGUGCAGUAUUGCGAAAUCAAGUUUAUCAAGCUCAAAGAAUUCAUCAAAUCCUCAGUCUGUUGCAGACCAGUCACUGAAAGCAAAGAAAAGCAGCUCGCCCGACAAAGUUAACGUCCAGCUUCCAGUUUACUCGAGUGAUUGUAACAAGACUCACAAGAAGUUUACGACCGUGAGCAAUUCAAAGGAAAUUUCGACGUGGAGCACACCGUUAGUCCUUGGGGAAAAGACAAUACCACUGGGUACAUUUGAUGGAAAGAAAGAAAGUUGGCUUCGAUUCUUUCAGACGUUCAAGGCCGUGGUUGAUAAACAACCCUAUGACGCUAUUGUAAAGUUCGCAAUUUUGGAAAAACAUUUAACGGGCCCUGCGAAGGACUGCAUUAGAGGAUUUCCGUUUACUGAGAACUCUUAUCCAUUGGCAUUGAAGGCCUUGCAAGAUCGGUUCGGUGAUGAAGAAGACCAAGCAAGUUUUUAUCUUGGAGCCGUGGAAAACUUGCCGAAGAUAAAGAUUUCAGAUGUACCGGGUCUUCGAAAGUUCUACGACGAUUUGAACACUAAUAUACAAGUGUUAGAAAAUAUGGGACCUGAUGUGGCUAUGCAUCUGAAUGACCCAAGAAGAAUGAAAUUGCUAUCGACCAAGUUACCACGUAAUCUUGCGGUUGCCUGGGCAACUAACCAAGACGACAAAGGCAUCGGAUCGGAUAUGCGCGCCUUUGCUGAGUGGUUACGAAAAAAAGUUCAAAUCCUAGAAAGAAUUGAAGUUCAACCACAAACCGAGGCUGGAGAUAAACGAGUUCCAGGAAAGCAAGUCUUCAAACCCCACGUGCAUGUUACAACGCGAGAUGAAGUCACCCAAACUGAAAGAACAGAAACGAAAUUUCCGACUGAAAGAGGAAAGUGUUGGGUUUGUCGUGAUGGUAACCACUGGCCGGAUCAGUGUUUGGUCUUGAAGAAAAUGACGGUAUAUGAAAGAAAACAGUUAGUGAAACAGAAUGGAGCCUGUUUCAAAUGCUUGCUUCGAGGGCAUCUCGUGGCGAAAUGUAGAAGAAAAGUGGGAUGCCUUAUAGAAAACUGUAAGGGAACACAUCACACCUUAUUGCACCAAGAAAACCCUAAAAAUCCUGCAAUAUCUACUCAUAAUGUCGAGAGGAAAAGCAGCGAGACGUCAGGUGGUGAACAACUUGCAAGAAAUGAAGAGACACCAACGAAGGAAACCUUGUCGGUUACGUCGAACGCUAAUCGGAGUUGUCUAAAAAGGAAAAUUGUGGCCCUUCCAGUAAAGAAGAUUGAUAUCCUAAAUGGUUAUGGUCAACGAGUUACGAUAAAUUGCUUGGAUGACAGCGGGAGCCAGGUGACGUUGAUAACUCAUCGUCUGGUCGAAAGCCUUGGGUUGACAACGAGAAGAAGCAAUCGAUUGACACUCUCGGGUGUGGGGGAUCAAAACAUCAAACUCAAUUCUGAAGUUUCAUUUCUCAUACAAGCCAAAGACAAUGAACUGUCUAUCCCAAUGACCGCGUAUGCUAUUCCAAAAAUUAGCAAUUAUUCACCCCCCUUUGAUAUUGAAGAAAUCAAGCAAAAAUUUCCUUAUCUGCAAGACGUCGACGUGAUUGUGGACACAGAAAGCGUUGAUUUGUUAGUUGGUCAAGAUUAUCCUAUCCUUCUGAGGCAGUUGGAAACUCGUUAUGGAAAGCCUGAUGAACCUUACGCCGUACGAACUGUGUUAGGUUGGAGCAUCUGUGGACCUGUUGACGAAAGAGUCGGAGAAGAUCCAUCAACACAUCUCAUUUCAUCCUGUUCACCGACGACGACUUCAGUGGAUGAUUUCAAUCUCAAACGUUUCUGGGAGAUCGAACAAAUGCCAGUAAAAGAGCCAUCCUUAUACACUAAUAAAGAGCAAAAGAUUCUUGAAGAAACGGAACGAACAAUUUGUCGGGUGAACCGGCGGUAUCAAGUCAAGCUUCCGUGGAAAGAUAGUACGAAGCAGAUUCCCGAUUCCUAUGAUGUAGCGUUACAGAGGCUAGAAUCAAUCGAACGAAGAAUGAGAAAACAACCGUCUCUAAAGGAAAAAUACGGCAAAGUUAUUGAAGAUUACGUGGCCGAUGGUUAUUUGGAAAAGUUACCCGAGAAGCCCUCUGAUACGGGUUGGUACCUUCCGCAUCACCCAGUUAUUUCCGAAGACAAGAAUACCAAGUUAAGGAUUGUAUUUGACUCUUCCGCCAAAAAUGAUGGAAUCUCGCUCAAUGAUUUGGUCGAAAAGGGACCGUGUUUAUUGAAUGACCUGACGGGCAUAUUAUUACGUUUCCGACGUUUCAAAAUCGGCAUCGCAGGAGAUAUCUCAAAGAUGUUCCUAAGAGUUCUGCUUUUCCCUGACGACUGCAAGUAUCACAGAUUUCUUUGGCGAACGAACGAAGACCAAUUACCAGAUACUUACCAGUUUAAUUGUAUCAUCUUUGGAAAUCCCGCCUCGCCGUUUUUAGCAAGUUACGUCAUCAAGCGAAUUGUUAAAGACUAUGGAACAAACAAACCAAAGGCCUGUGAAGCUCUAGACAAGGACCUCUAUAUGGACGAUCUGAUUCACAGUUGCAAGACUAGUCUUGAUGCAAAGAAAACCGUAACCGACGUGUGCGAAAUGUUGGACGAGGGUGGAAUGAAGAUGCGUAAUUGGAUAUCCAAUCAACCGUGCGUUCUUGAAGGUGUUCCUGACCGUAUCAAGAAUGGCCCUCUUCCAUUAGAUCAAACCAACGAGAGAGUCCUUGGAAUGACGUGGGAUCCAUCCACCGAUCAAAUCCGAUUUUAUCCCGUCAUAGAAGAUAUAGUGUGGACUAAACGAGGAGUCCUAAGAAGGUUAGCGCAACUAUUUGAUCCCAUGGGAUUGUUAGCAGCCUUUGUAGUUCGUGGUAAGAUCUUGAUGCAGGAGUUAUGGAGAAGAGGGAGAGAUUGGGACGAUCCACUUGAACUUGAUAUUAAGGGAUCCUGGUUGACCUGGUUUAAUCAAUUUGUUGAUUUAUCCAAGAUUACAAUUCCACGCCACGUUUGGGCAGAACUAGAAAAAGUUGAUAUGGAACUUCACUUGUUCGCUGAUGCAUCGCAGAGAGCCAUGGCAGCCGUUGCAUAUCUUAAAUGUCAGCGAAAGAAUGAAGUGAAAGUGUCUCUGUUGAUGAGCAAGACGCAAGUGGCCCCUUUAAAGAAAAUGUCAGUUCCACGGUUGGAACUACAAGCUUGUCUGAUGGCAGUACGUUUGGCAGAAUUUAUCGUGAAGCAAAUGGAAUUUAAGACUGUCAAAGUAGUUUUCUGGUCAGACAGCACUGUGGCUUUAUCAUGGAUAAAGAUGGAAAGCCGUGUCCUGAAGGAGUUCGUGGCCAAUCGAGUAGCGACCAUUCAAGAGAAAACUGAAGGAUGCCAGUGGCAUCACGUAUCGGGCCAAGAUAAUCCAGCGGACUUAGCAUCGAGAGGCGUUGACUUACGAGAGCUUUUGAAACCAGAUAAUAUAUGGUUUUCUGGUCCUAGUUUCCUUCGUUCAGAUGAAUACACUGAAAGUUCGUUGAAACCAGACGAGAAGCUGAUUGAAGCUGAGAAGAAGAAAGUCACACGUCAUUGUCAUGUCCAGAGUUCCGUAGGAGAAGAAUUCUUGAAAGUUGAAGAUUUCUCAACAUUUCACAAGUUGAGAAAAAGAGUUGCCUUCCUUCGACGUCCUUUCCGCAAUUGGCGAUUGAAGAAAUCAAAACGUCUCACGAAGCCUACGACCAGAAGUGCAAUGAAAAAGAAAGACAUCCAGCAUCCUAUAGAACCAUUAAGCGCGGACGAACUUCGAGAAGCAGAAAUUUGGCUUUUGAGACGAGAUCAAACCCUAUGUUUCGCGAAGGAAAUUACUGUCCUUGAAAAACAGCAAACUGGCUUGGGAAAAACGAAGACAAGGAAGAUGUUGGUCCCAAAAUCGUCUCCGUUAUAUUCUCUUUCUCCGUUCAUGGACGACGAAGGUCUGGUACGUUUGGGUGGACGUCUUGAGAGAUCACCUCUAUCAUAUGAUUGUCGACAUCCGAUUAUUUUGGGAAAAGGAUCACAUCUAGCUGCUCUUCUAAUCAGAAGGUCUCACGAAGAGGUGAAGCAUUUUGGAGUAAACACAGUACUCUGUAACCUGAGGCAGCGGUAUUGGCCAAUAAGAGGAAGGGAACAAGUGAAGAAGAUCUUAUCGAGCUGUGUCUUAUGCAAGAAAUGGCGUGGUAAUCCUGGUGUUCAAUUCAUGGCUGAUCUUCCUGCAUCGAGAGUUGACUUCCCAAACCCACCAUUUACCUUGACGGGCGUUGAUUAUUUUGGGCCUAUAACCACCAAAGCUGGCUUUAGAGGAGGUCGACGAGAAAAGAGAUACGGAGUCGUGUUUACAUGUCUACAAACACGCGCUGUUCACCUUGAAGUUGCCCAAUCCCUAUCAACUGAUGAUUUCUUGAAGGUUUUUUCUCGAUUUGUCGCCAGAAGAUCGAAACCGAAAAGGAUGUUUUCAGACCAGGGAACCAAUUUCGUUGGAGCAGAGAGAGAAAUGCGCCAGUUAGUAAAAGAAUUAUGCAAUGAUGUCGUUCUAAAGACGAAGCUACAACAAGAAGGCUUGGAUUGGAAUUUCAAUCCUCCUUUUGCUCCUCACAUGGGAGGAGCCUGGGAAGCCAUG